UCGUUUUUCGUUGAUUGUGAAUUGCGUCUUGUGAUGAAAAUAACUCAAUUCUUACUUUUUGUAAUACUUAUCGUCAUCCCAGCCGUGCUAUCAGAUGACAAUGAUGUUCGAUUGGAAAACUGUGGAAAAAGGUUGGAACAAUCUGGAUCUGGCAAUGAUACACAAGAUGACUGGUAUGGUGUACUGGGCAGAGGUUCGACGUACAAUACGUUUACAACAAUUGGUCUUGGCGCAGUAACGAUUAGUCGUACUCAUGCAAUUAUUGAUCAUUCAAUUCUCAAAGAAAAGAUGGUUGAGCUAGAUAAAUCAACAUGUCACGAAGAACAAGCUAACGUAAGAUUGAGAGAAGAUUUAUAUAUAUAUUUUAUGACGUCAGAGCGUGACACUUCAGUUCAUCUAUUAAUAAGAGAUUCGCACUUUUUUGGAUCAUGUGAAUCAGAAAACCCAAAAGGUUUUCUUGUCGUAAAGUUUGAGAAACCAAUAAAUCUUCCUUACGUAUGUUUCCCCGACAAUUCUUGGAAAUGGUUCAACAAAUCGGUCAACUCUUAUCGCUUGACAAAUGACUCAGAUCACAUAAUUCGUACAGAGGGCAGGGUUGGACCAUGUGGUGUCAAUAACACCGACACGUGCUGGUAUAUCCCAGAAGAAUUGAAGAAUGAAAAAACUAAUGGUAACGAAAGUUAUCCAAUUUUAUCCAUUGGUGAACGUACACAAUUAAUUGGAUUUGUUUAUAAAGAUAUGCCCAAUUCGACAUUUAGAAGUUUUCUCAACAUUUAUUCGACUUUCAAUAAAACAUGUGAACACCUUGGAUUUUGUAAAAGAAAUAACCCUCCAUCAACAAGCACAGAAAUAACUACCACCAUAGCAGAAAGUACUACGUACUUUCAUUACGAAGAGCAGACUUUAAUUCCUACCACUUCAAGUCCAACUACCGUAAUCUAUUACAUACCAGCUAUUGGAUAUGAUGAUUUUGAAGUUGAUUACAUCCGGAAGAAUAAGACUAAUAAUGGAACUAAAUUUAGAUCAUUUGAUACCUUGAUGCUUAUGAGUAUGAUUUUUGUAUUUGCCAGUAGAAUGUUUGAUAAAUAAACGGAUAUU